CCCAGUGCUCCGACUCUCUGGGUCUUUUUGUCUCUAGAGCAGAUUAAACGUCACGUCCGCACUUGAACUUGAAUUUUAUCCCAUUGUACAGAGGCAGCCCCAGCCACAGAGAGACCGAGAGCUCCCGGAGAACCCGGACUCCGCCAUCUUCACGUUGCAAUCUAUAGCUCCCGUCCACGCCCGCACCGACCCGGGCGCACUGGGCGAGCCGCCCGGCGGCCCCGCUCCCCCUGGGCCCGCGGCGCCGGGCAGCGCUGGGGAGCGCGCGCGGGGACCCGCAGCCCCUCCGGCCGGCGCCAGCCUGCCAGGUGACCCGGGAAGGAGCCGCUCCCGGAGUCCCCCAGAGCCUCGGAGGGGUCAGCCUCCGAGAAAGAAAAAAAGCAGGCAGCGCGCAGAAACCCCAGAAAGAGCCGAACCCAGGCAGUUUUUCAUUGCUUUCGGGUUUUUGAGGGGGCGGGGUAAGGGGGUACGAAACAAGUCCCCAAGUUUUCUUUGCUUUUUUUUUUUUUCCUUCGCUUCUUUUUUGAAAUUUGUUUGCAUUUUCCUCCCCCCCUCCCCUUGGGUGGAAGUGCGCUUUUCACCUACCAGACCCCGAAAGAAAAGUGUCAGAGGCCGGUGCAAAACCCGGCGUAACUUCAAGAAGACAUUUACAAGUCUAAGAGGCCAAGCACUUUGAAGAAGUGUGAGAGAUAUUUUUCAUCCAAAAGAAUAUAUUUUUUAAAGAAACCGGCCAGCCCGCGGCGAGCAGCAGCAGUUUUAGAAUUUAUUUUAGCCUUUUUCUAUUUGAGACCAAGUCAUCUUCCUGCCUUUUUCUUUUUUUCUUUUUGCAAAAACAAAAACAAAAACACAGCCCAGAAGAAAGAGCAAAAUAAAGACGAAGAAGAAGAGGAGGAGGAGGAGGAAGAGAGGAAGGGCAGAGGCACCAACCCGGGCGGAGGAGGAGGCGCGGCGGCUGCGGCGGCGGCUCGGACCCCCUCCCCGGCCCGCAUCUGUGCAGCUCUCCGGGCGAUGCCAGAAUAGAUGCCGGGGCAAUGUCCCGCCGCAAACAGGGCAACCCGCAGCACUUGUCCCAGCGGGAACUCCUCACGCCAGAGGCUGACCAUGUGGAGGCUGCUAUCCUCGAGGAAGAUGAGGGUCUGGAGAUAGAGGAGCCUAGCAGUCUGGGGCUGAUGGUGGGUGGCCCCGACCCUGACCUCCUCACCUGUGGCCAGUGUCAGAUGAACUUCCCGCUGGGGGACAUCCUGGUUUUUAUAGAGCACAAGAAGAAACAGUGUGGGGGCCUAGGCUCCUGCUACGACAAGGUCCUGGACAAGGGCAGUCCUCCACCUUCCUCUCGCUCUGAGCUCAGGAGAGUGUCCGAGCCAGUGGAGAUCGGGAUCCAGGUCACGCCGGAUGAAGAUGACCAUCUACUGUCGCCCACAAAAGGCAUCUGUCCCAAGCAGGAGAACAUUGCAGGGCCGUGCAGGCCUGCCCAGCUGCCAUCGAUGGCCCCCAUAGCUGCCUCCUCUUCCCACCCUCCCACAUCCGUGAUUACUUCACCUCUGCGUGCCCUGGGCGCCCUCCCACCCUGUUUCCCACUGCCUUGCUGUGGUGCACGCCCCAUCUCGGGCGACGGGACUCAGGGUGAGGGUCAGAUGGAGGCUCCCUUUGGAUGCCAGUGUCAGUUGUCAGGUAAAGACGAGCCUUCCAGCUACAUUUGCACAACAUGCAAGCAGCCCUUCAACAGCGCCUGGUUCCUGCUGCAGCAUGCGCAGAACACGCACGGCUUCCGCAUCUACCUGGAGCCUGGGCCAGCCAGCACCUCGCUCACGCCCAGGCUCACCAUCCCGCCGCCGCUCGGGCCGGAGGCCGUGGCACAGUCCCCACUCAUGAAUUUCCUGGGGGACAGCAAUCCAUUCAACCUGCUGCGCAUGACGGGCCCCAUCCUGCGGGACCACCCAGGCUUCGGCGAGGGCCGCCUGCCGGGCACGCCACCGCUCUUCAGCCCACCUCCACGCCAUCACCUGGACCCACACCGCCUCAGUGCAGAGGAGAUGGGGCUAGUGGCCCAGCACCCCAGUGCCUUCGACCGAGUCAUGCGCCUAAACCCCAUGGCCAUAGACUCUCCCGCCAUGGACUUCUCACGGCGGCUGCGAGAACUGGCGGGCAACAGCUCCACGCCGCCGCCCGUGUCCCCAGGCCGUGGCAACCCUAUGCACCGGCUGCUGAACCCUUUCCAGCCCAGCCCCAAGUCCCCAUUCCUCAGCACGCCACCGCUGCCACCCAUGCCCGCGGGCACGCCGCCGCCCCAGCCGCCUGCCAAGAGCAAGUCCUGUGAGUUCUGCGGCAAAACCUUCAAGUUCCAGAGCAAUCUCAUCGUGCACCGGCGCAGCCACACGGGCGAGAAGCCCUACAAGUGCCAGCUGUGCGACCACGCGUGCUCGCAGGCGAGCAAGCUCAAGCGCCACAUGAAGACGCACAUGCACAAGGCGGGCUCGCUGGCCGGCCGCUCCGACGACGGGCUGUCGGCUGCCAGCUCCCCGGAGCCGGGGACCAGCGAGCUACCUGGCGACCUCAAAGCGGCCGACGGCGACUUCCGCCACCACGAGAGCGACCCAUCGCUGGGCCCGGAGCCCGAGGACGACGAGGACGAGGAGGAGGAGGAGGAGGAGCUGCUGCUGGAGAACGAGAGCCGGCCCGAGUCGAGCUUCAGCAUGGACUCGGAGCUGGGCCGAGGCCGUGAGAACGGGGGCGGUGUGCCACCGGGCGUGGCGGGCGCCGGGGCCACAGCCGCGGCGCUGGCGGACGAGAAGGCGCUGGCCCUGGGCAAGGUGAUGGAGGAUGCGGGGCUGGGCGCGCUGCCGCAGUACGGGGAGAAGCGAGGCGCCUUCCUCAAGCGUGCGGGCGACGCCGGGGACGCGGGAGCCGGCGGCUGCGGGGACGCGGGUGCCCCGGGCGCGGUGAACGGGCGCGGCGGGGCCUUCGCCCCGGGCGCAGAGCCCUUCCCCGCCCUCUUCCCACGGAAGCCCGCGCCGCUGCCCAGCCCGGGGCUCAGCGGGCCCGCGCUGCACGCGGCCAAGCGCAUCAAGGUGGAGAAGGACCUGGAGCUGCCCCCCGCCGCCCUCAUCCCCUCCGAGAACGUGUACUCGCAGUGGCUCGUGGGCUACGCGGCGUCGCGCCACUUCAUGAAGGACCCUUUCCUGGGCUUCACGGACGCGCGCCAGUCCCCUUUCGCCACGUCGUCCGAGCACUCGUCGGAGAACGGCAGCCUGCGCUUCUCCACGCCCCCCGGGGACCUGCUGGACGGAGGGCUGUCGGGGCGCAGCGGCACGGCCAGCGGGGGCAGCACGCCCCACCUGGGGGGCCCGGGGCCCGGGCGGCCCAGCUCCAAGGAGGGCCGCCGCAGCGACACGUGCGAGUACUGCGGCAAGGUCUUCAAGAACUGCAGCAACCUGACGGUGCACCGCAGGAGCCACACCGGAGAGCGGCCUUACAAGUGCGAGCUGUGCAACUACGCGUGCGCGCAGAGCAGCAAGCUCACCCGCCACAUGAAGACGCACGGGCAGAUCGGCAAGGAGGUGUACCGCUGCGACAUCUGCCAGAUGCCCUUCAGCGUCUACAGCACCCUGGAGAAACACAUGAAAAAGUGGCACGGGGAACAUUUGCUGACUAAUGACGUCAAAAUCGAGCAGGCCGAGAGGAGCUAAGCGCGUGCGUGCGUGCGUGCGUGCGUGCGUGCGUGCGUGCGUGGGGGGGAUACUGUGUGCGACUGUACAGCGUGACCAUCGCCAACCAUCGCCAAUGGGACCUGGUGACCGGACUGGCCUCUGUGUCUCCGGGGCCCAGGGAGGCGGCAGUCCACCCUAACCUGUGUCUGCGAAGUCCUAUGGAAACCUGAGGGUUGAUUAAGGCAGUAAAAAUUAAAAAAAAAAAAAAAAAAGAAAAAAAGAAAAAAAAUUUGUGGAGCCUUUUAACUGUGCAAUAAUUUCUGUAUUUAUUGGGUUUUGUAAUUUUUUGGCAUGUACGUACAGGUACUUAUUAUUAUUAUUAUUUCUGUUUAAAUUCCUUUAAAAGAUUUUGUUGGGUAUCCAUCCCUUCAUUUUUAAUAACCCAGUAGUCUGAGCAAUGACUCGCAAGUGAUGUAGAGGGAAGCUAUCUUUUAAAUUAUAAUUUUCGUGUGUGUGUGGGGGGGUGCUGCUUUUUUGAAAUUUAAGCUAAGCAUGUGUAAUUUCUUGUCAAGAAGCCAACACUUACAUGACUUUUAAAGUUGUUUGCCUUUUCAUCAUUUACUUUUGUCCUGAAAUAAAAAAAAAGUGGCAUGUGGGGUUCUUUAUUUGGGGGUGGGGUGGGGAGUGGCUUUCAAAAGCAUUUUUUUUUUUCUUCCGGGAGGUGGAUGUACAGCGGAUUACAAUCUUUAAAAUUGUAGCACUUUGUUUUAGCACCGGAUCGGAGAGGUAGUACUGAUUUCCUCCUUGGCCGCAGAGACCUUCUCUGUGUGGAAUUCAGCUUUCAUACUAUGGAAGGAAAAUUUGGAGGGGGGUGUGGCAGGCGAGCCUCUCCCCGACUCGGGAGAAACUUUUCCAGGGUGACUCUAGGAACAGGCCCGAGCGUCCUGCGAUCCUGCGUUCUGCGUUAUUGGGAGAUACUGUCCUUUUCUGGGGAGCUUUUGGUGGAUCCUGGGAAACCGCCUCUGCCCUUUGCUGUAGAUUUGGCUGCGUGAAAUGGGCUGAGGGUACUUACUGGGUAGACAGCGGUGGCCUGCAGUGGCAGGAAGGAAGAGACUCACAAUGUUCUUGCAGGCUUCUCCUGGCAUGAUGGCUUCUCUCUUUUCAGCCCCCCCGCCUGCAGAUAAGUCCCAGGUAGCCAUUGCUAUGGUGGUGAUUGCCGGUGUCCCAAGCAGACCACCGGCCCUGUUGGUGGGACUAGGGGAAGUUAGUGCUAACAGCGCCGCAGGGCAGGGAAUCUUGUUUGUUCUCUUCCUAGAAGAGUUCCGCCCAACGUGCCCCACGCUGCUUCCGUUUUUUUGUCUUUUGUUUUUUUUUCCUUCCUCCAAUUAGUUGGGACAUGUUAUACAUUGGACUUGUUGGGAUUUGAUGUUUGAAUUCUGUUGACCCGCACUUUAAAGCUUUUGUUUGCAUUUAAAUUAAAUGGCUUCUAAACAAGAAAUUGCAGCAUAUUCUUAUCUUUGGCCCAGAGGUGGGUUAAACUGUAAGGGACAGCUGAGAUUGAGUGUCAGUAUUGCUAAGCGUGGCAUUCACAAUACUGGCACUAUAAAGAACAAAAUUAAAUAAUUUAUUGGACAGUUUCUCUACUGCCAUUCAAUUUGAUGUGCGUGCCUUGAAAACUGAUCUUCCUAUUUGAGUCUCUUGAGACAAAUGCAAAACUCUUUUUUUUUUUUUGAGAUGAAAAGACUUUUUAAAAAGCAAACAAGAAAAGUACAUUCUUUUAGAAACAAAGCCACAUUUACUUUAAAUUAAAAAAAAAAAUCCUGGUUGAAGAUAGAGGACUUGAAAAUGCCAUAAGACCCAAUCAAAUGAAGAAAUAAACCCAGCCCAGCCCUGGACAUCCAUUAGCAGAAUUGUUUUCGGCCCCCCUUUUUUUGGGACAGCGCUGCUUAGCUGUGGAGUGGAGGUGAUUUACUGCUGAAUUAAAACUCAAGUGACACAAGCCGAUAUCGUUGAAUGAAAAAACAAACAACGAAACAAUUCAGGAACAAUGGCUAAUUUUUUUUUUCUAAAUUAAAAUUUAGUGCACUCUGUCUUAAAAAUACGUUUACAGUAUUGGAUACAUACAAGGGUAAAAUAAAUCGUGUGUAUGUGUGUUGGAGCGAUCUUUUUAUUUUAUUUUCAAAGUUUGCAUAAUAGGUUAUACAGAAAUGCCACAACGGCUACGUGUAUAUUGUUUUCUUUUGGUGACGGGGUUUUAGUAAUACAUUAUAUAUAUAUUGAAAUUUCUUGAUUACUGUCAAAGUGGACCAGUAUUUGUAAUAAUUGAGAAUGCCUGGGCAUUUUACAAAAUGAGAAAGAAAAAAAAAAGUCCUUUUUCUUUUCCUUGAAACCGUUACAGUAAGUUUUAAAUGGUGGGUCUAUAAAAUCUGUUCUGUCACAGUAACUGUACAGUCGGAGUUUUAGUAAAUUUUUUUCUGCCUUGGGUGUUGAAUUUUUAUUUCGAAAACAAAAUGUAUAGAAACUUGUAUUUGGGGAUUAAAGGGGGAUUGCUACAAUGUGUAGAAAAAGUAUGUAGAAAAAAGUGCUUAAUAUUGUUACUGCUUUGCAGAAGAAAAAAAAAAAAUCACAUUUCUGACCUGUACUUAUUUUUCUCCCCCCACCUCCCUCUGGAAUGGAUAUAUUGGUCGGUUCAUAUGAUGUAGGCUCUCGCUGUAUUUUUACUGGAGCUUGUAAUUUUUUAACUGUAAGCUUGUCCUUUUAAAGGGAUUUAAUGUACCUUUUUGUUAGUGAAUUUGGAAAUAAAAAGAAAAAAAAAAACAAAAACAAACAGGCUGCCAUAAUAUAUUUUUUUAAUUUGGCAGGAUAAAAUAUUGCAAAAAAACAAAACAAAACAAAACAAAAAAACCCCACCCACAUUUGUAUGUUAAGUCUUCUUGUACAGGAGAAAAAAAAAAAGGUUGUUUGACAACCUUCAAGAAAAAAAGACAUAAAAGGAAAAAUAGUCAAAUGCUUUGGUUCACAAGUCAUUUUAGUUGUAUAUAUUCUGUCAGAAUUGGCCUACUCAAAGAACUGUUGGCUUUGGGCUUUGAUUUGAAUGCCCGAACUUUGCAUCAGGCCUCCUUGGCGUGGUGACAGCAGACGCGAUGGGAAGUGCUUUUUUCUUGCUGAGUGGGGAAAGGAGAGCCCUUCCUCCAAGAGGCCAUCCAUAAGAUGGUAGUGGAGGCGAGAGUACGAGGUUACCUUCUCCGCUAUGGCUACUGUGGCUGCCCCCACAACCCCCUGACCACCCUCAAGAGCAGAGAGAAUCGACAGCUGCUCUUGUCCUUGAGCAAACCUGGACGGAGCAAAGCUUCCGGAAGGAGCAGCUGGGCCCAGGGGAGCCUCUGCCACUGAGUCUGGUGCAGGUGGGACUGAGGAGCCUGAACACGGGUCUUUCUGUUCCGUGGGGAGUGUCCGCUCACUUUCCCUCUCUGCUUUGCUGCUUUCUUCGCAAAUCCGUCGGUUUCAGAAUGGCGCGGGCCUGGGAUGAAGGAAUUCUGUGCCUUUCCAUCUGUGUUUCUGCCCUACCCUCUUCCAGUCUCUGCCUAUCCUGUAUCUGUUCAUUCCAUCUUUAAUUUUCUUCCUCCUCUUUGUCCUCUCUCUCUUAGAAUCGCCUCCCUCCCCCCUUUUAAAGCCAAUUAGCUUUAAGAAAAUAAAGUGGUUGUUUAUUGGAUGAGGGAAUAAUACACUUUUCACAAAUACCUAUAUCAGGAAGCCAUUUUUUUUUUUUUUUUAAUUUUCAGGACAUGUUAGAAAGCAUCCUUUCAAGCAUGAUCAUGCAUCUUUCCGGGCAGGUCCUUCCUAAGUGCAGAUCCUGUCUCACUGUCUCCCACUUGACACUUUGCACAGUUAAAGGACGGGGCUUAGGGGGGGUCACUCCUAGGUGUCAGUGUCCCACAUGCCUGCCCUUCUGCUACCAUGUCCCUCCGCUGCCCUCAUAGCUGCCUGGGAACCUCCGUGUGGUUCUCCUGUGCUCAUAAAAGCUAGCCAGCACUCACCAGCUCACCUGUCACCAGAAUGCCAGGACUAAGCCAUCCUAAAGCACAAGGACCAUGUGCCUCUGUCAGCUGCCAGAGAGGAGAGAAUUUCGCUUCUCUUAUCAGAGCGAAAAAGCAACCAACCAACAACCUACCCUAAGCAGGCGACCCAGCCAAAGGGCUCUAGCGUGGGUGACCCAGCCGACCUCAGGUCGGGUUCCACACUGCCACAACUUUACCCAAAGUUGCCCCCCCCACCCCAUUGGAACCUGCCGCUUGCCACUGGAGGGUCAUCAUGGGAGGGGGAGAGGAGAGAGAUUACUCAGAGCAAAAUGUGAACCCCGAGGUGAACAGCCUUCCACCUGGCCCUUCCGUCCGAGAUUUUGUUGAAUGCAGGCGAAUCUGUGAUUUUGGUGCUCUCUGUCUGCCCUGCACAGCAAAGGCGCAUUGAUUUCAGCUGUUUGCUUUUGUACUGGCGAGGCGAAAUAUUUUUAUUACCUUUUCUAUUACUUAUCGUAUGAGCUUUUGUUGUUUGCCUAGAGGGUUCGUCUCUUACAACAAGUUUGGAGCUAUUUAUUAUUGCUUGGUAUUUGUGCUCUGUUUAAAAACAGGCACUUGUUUUUUUUAAUUAUGGAUAAAAUGUUGAGAUGACAGGAGGUCAUUUCAAUAUGGCUUAGUAAAAUAUUUAUUGUUCCUUUUCUUCUCUGUACAAGAUUUUGGGCCUAUUUUUUUCCCCCUUAAUGUCACAAUGUUGAGUUCAGCAUGUGUCUGCCAUUUCAUUUGUACGCUUGUUCAAAACCAAGUUUGUUCUGGUUUCAAGUUAUGAAAAUAAAUUGGGACAUUUAACUUGA